AUGAUCAAAUAUACAUUUCUCUUGCUGGCAGUAACUGCUUUGCUUUUUCGGCUCUCGGUGAGCGCCUGUGUCUCGCGACCUCCAUGCACUAAUACUGCUGCAACACGCUCGACGUGGUGUCGUGGUUUUGACAUUGACACGAACUACUAUGACAAGUCACCAAAGACAGGCAGAACGAGGGAGUACUACCUUACUCUCGAACAAAUCACGGCGGCCCCUGAUGGCUUUCCGCGCACAAUAUAUGCUUUUAACGGCAGUUUCCCAGGUCCGACCAUUGUCGCGGACUGGGGCGACACUGUCAAGGUGCACAUCACCAACAAUCUGUUUGACGCCCGCAACGGCACAACGGUCCACUUCCAUGGCAUCCGACAAAACUAUACGAAUCAAAUGGACGGGGUUUCCUCGAUCACUCAAUGUCCCGUUCCUCCCGGGAGCAGCACGACGUACGUAUGGAAGGCGAUCCAGUAUGGGACCUCCUGGUACCAUUCGCACAUUGGACUGCAGGCUUGGGAAGGCGCUGCGGGCAGCAUCGUCAUAAACGGGCCGGCCACGGCAAACUACGAUCAUGAUUUGGGACCUCUGUUCUUGUCUGACUGGACUCAUACACCAGUCGACGCGCUGUACAUGUCUGCUCUUAAUCACGGUCCUCCUACGCUAGCUAACGGUCUCCUCAACGGAACGAACACAUGGACACGCAACGCAGCAACGCUGGGCAAAAGGCUCGCGGUGCCGGUAAACACUGGCGAAUCAUAUCGAAUUCGACUGAUCAAUGGUGCAAUCGAUACCCAUUUCAAGUUUACGAUCGACAACCACACCAUGACUGUGAUCGCCGCGGAUUUCGUCCCCAUCGUUCCAUAUCAGACGACGGUGCUAGACAUUGCCAUGGGACAACGAUAUGACAUUGUUGUUGAGGCAGAUCAGGCUUCUUUGGCAAGCAACUUCUGGAUGCGCGCCAUUCCGCAGUCAUCAUGCUCCAGCAAUGCCAAUGCGGACGACAUACGAGGCAUUAUCUACUACGGAACGGAGCCCAACACACCAUCAACUACAUGCUACGACUAUAAAGAUGCCUGUGUUGACGAACCCAUGGCUAGCCUAGUGCCCCAUCUGCACCUUGACGCUGGCAAGCAGGACCACUCCGACGAUGAAGUGGUCGGCCUUAACCGAGCUGAGGGCGUCUUCCUAUGGACGAUGCACUCUGUCUCAUUCAAUACCUCAUGGACCAAUCCUACAUUGCUUCAGAUGCACAACAACAACGCCAUCGCCAGCUUCGCCACGCAAGACCAUGUCAUUCAGCUCGACGAGGCAAACAAGUGGGAGUAUCUCAUAAUCCACUCCACCAUUCCCGUCCCGCAUCCCAUUCAUCUGCAUGGCCACGACUUUUACAUUUUGGCGCAAGGCAACGGGCCCUACGACUCGUCUGCUGCGGUGAAGCUGUUCAAUCCGCCUCGGCGUGACGUUGCGGUGAUCCCAGCGUCGGGCCAUCUCGUCAUUGCUUUCAAGACCGACAACCCGGGCGCGUGGCUGGUCCACUGCCACAUAGGGUGGCACACGGACAUGGGGCUUGCUCUGCAGUUUGUCGAGCAGUACGGUGUCGCCAGGGAGCUGGUUGACUAUGCUCGGCUGAAUCGCACAUGCAAGGCGUGGAAUGAUUAUGCCGCGGCGGAAGGCGUCGUUCAAUACAAGUACGACGAUGGAAUAUAG